CUGGCAUGGACCUCGAGCCGGGUGUUCUAAACCCUUCCACCUACCAAAUAAAACGCCUGGAAUUUUCUCGUAUUUACUACUAACAAGAAAAAUGUCUGCCCGAGUAAUGCACUUCUUUCUCCUCUUCGCCAUGAUUACCCAUGCCUUAUGCCUGAAGCUGGAAGAGCCGAUGGUUACAAGUGCAUGCGCACGCGCCGCUCACGUGGAUGCUUGCCUCACUCCCACGCCCUCGAGCGAUGGCGGACUACCUCAGCUGCAUACACUCGCGCAAAUGCAGCAGAAGGCGGUUCGUGUGGUACGCGACGGAGUCGCUCGUGCUCGGGCUUGGGCUUCUCUUGGGCUAGAUGAGUCGGACCGGGACCGACAUGUGGCUUAUGAUGGGAUUGCUUUGGGUGAUUGUGUACAGCUUUACGAAGAUAGCGAGCACAGGCUUCGAUAUUUGCAAGGGCUGCACGAGCACGAGGAUGCUCGCACGUGGCUAAGCGCUAGUCUCACGAGCCACAGGACAUGCUUGGAUGGCCUACGCGAGAGGAAUUGCUCUGCGCCGCAGGUUAUGGAAAAUCUCACUGUCUUGCUUACGGACGCUUUGGCUUUGUAUGCAUGGCCCACCAAGAAGAGCUAUAGACAGCAUUGGAAACAAGUUGAAAACCUGGGACUUCUAGGGUCAUGGAAUGCAUCUUCUAGGAAGGCUGAUUUUGUGGUGGCUAAAGACGGUUCGGGUAAUUACAAGACCAUUAAUGAAGCGGUGGCGGCACUUGCCCAGAGGGGGCACAGGCGACCAUACAGGGUGGUGAUUUAUGUGAAAUCAGGAGUCUAUGUGGAGAAUGUGGAAAUUGAUAGGGACAUGAAGAAUGUGAUGUUUGUCGGCGACGGCAUUGAUAGAACGAUUGUUACAGGUAGCCAAAAUGUACCAGACGGUUCCACCACCUUCAGAUCAGCCACAUUUGGUGUAUCAGGGGAUGGCUUUUGGGCUAGGGACAUGACAUUCGAGAACACGGCUGGCCCUGAAAAACAACAGGCUGUGGCAUUGAGGGUAGGCUCGGAUCUCUCCGUCUUCUAUAGAUGUAGCUUCAAAGGUUACCAAGACACUCUUCUGCUACACUCCCAAAGGCAAUUUUACCGCGAUUGCCAUGUGUAUGGCACGAUCGACUUCAUCUUUGGAAAUGCUGCAGCAGUCCUACAGAACUGUGACAUAUAUGUGAGGCGGCCCAUGGGACACCAGGCCAACAUGAUAACAGCUCAAGGAAGGAGUGACCCCAAUGAGAACACUGGGAUAUCAGUCCAUGAAUCACGCAUCAGACCUGCACCAGACUUUCAAGGAGUGAAGGGCUCAUUUGAAACCUAUCUUGGUAGGCCAUGGCAGAAAUUCUCAAGGACGGUGUUUAUGAAGUCCGACCUCGAUGGGCUGAUCAACCCAAAGGGGUGGGCUCAAUGGAGUGGUAACUUCGGGCUGGAUACUCUAUACUUUGGCGAGUACAUGAAUACUGGAACAGGGGCUUCUACCAGUAGAAGAGUGAAGUGGCACGGGUUUCAUGUGCUGAAGGAUCCCCAAGACACAGCGCCAUUCACGGUUAGUAGGUUUAUACAAGGAGAGUCAUGGAUACCAGCAACUGGCGUGCCAUUUGGACCUGGACUUUAGAUGGUAAUGUCAUGGUAUAUGGGGAUUGGAGGAAAAUCUCAUGUGAAACAGUACAAGCGAAACAUCGUCGUGCAUAAAUCUCAUCACCAUACUAUCUAGAUUGUGUAGUGAUGAUUUGUUGGGCGCCCCAAAAUACAUUAAUCAGGUGUGCCCAACGUACUAUCACCUUCUGAUCUUGAUUGGACAGUGACCAGUGAGGCAGAAUUUGCAUACGAUGCUCUUUGUCAUGUCACCUGGGAUACUUCCUCCAGUAUAUGUUUCUACUUACUAUCCAAGCUAAUACAUAUAUCUCUAUGCUAGUGUGAUGCAUUUAGCUAUGAAAAAAAGCUUUGGUGUAGUCAUGGAAUUGUGAGAUCUUCCACCUCUUUUACUACAAUUAAUGCAAAACCAUCUAAAAGAUGAAAUAUUAUAUUCAAAUCAA